CGGGAACGCAGGAGGCGGCGGUAGCAGCCGCAGGCUUAGCGUUACUCUCAGUGGAGCGGACUGAGCCGGAGCUUGGUUGGCGGGGACGCGCAAACGGAAAGCCAAGGCUGCGGUGGGCUCCCCCCCCCCCCGCCCGAAGCACCACCCCAGGCUCCGGGGACCUGCGGCUGAAGUGAAGGGCGAUGGAGCUCUGAAGGAAGAGGCGGCGGCAGCAGCAGCAGUUGCAUCCUGUGCCACCUGCGGGCCGGGUGGCCCCUUGCACCACCUGGACUCCUCCGGCUCUGCUAGUUGCGCUUUCCCGGCAGCCUCACGCCUGAGGAUGUGAGUCUCCCGCUCCGCCCGGCUGCCCAGUUCCCGCCACGCCGACCGUAGCGGCCCCUCGCCCCAGCCCGCCGUGCCAGCUGCUGGGCAGGGCGGGGGGUUGCUGAGCUCUUUGCAUGGGGCCGACGUUGCUCUCGGUCCGUCCCUCCGCUGCAGCCGGAGAAGAUGCCCAGGCAGGAGUUGCCUUUGCCCGAGGGCUGGGAAGAAGCUCGCGACUACGACGGCAAAGUCUACUACAUCGACCACGCCACCAAGACCACUAGCUGGGUGGACCCGCGGGACAGGUAUACUAAACCUCUAACCUUUGCUGACUGCAUAAGUGAUGAAUUACCAUUGGGAUGGGAAGAGGCUUAUGACCCUCAGGUUGGAGUCUAUUAUAUCGACCAUAACACCAAAAGUACCCAGAUAGAGGAUCCUCGCGUACAGUGGCGACGGGAGCAGGAGCAUAUGCUGAAGGACUACCUUGUAUUGGCACAAGAAGCACUGACAGCUCAGAAGGAGAUUUACCAGGUAAAGCAACAGAGGCUUCAACUGGCACAGCAGGAGUACCAACAACUUCAUGAUGUCUGGGAACAUAAGCUGGGAUCUCAAACUAGCUUAAUCUCCAGUUCCUCAUCUGGUUCAAAGUAUGAUCCAGACAUUCUUAAAGCUGAAAUUGCUACCACAAAAUCUAGGGUUAAUAAACUCAAGAGAGAAGUAGCUCACAUGAGACAGGAACUCCAGUACAAGGAACUUGGUUACCAGACACUGAAGAAAAUUGAUAUGAAAAUGUCUGACACCCAAGGUGGAUAUAAACUUGAUGAGGCACAAGCUAUCUUAAGUGAAAUGAAAGCUAUCAAGAAAGCCAUCACUUCAGGGGAGAAAGAAAAGCAAGACCUCAUUGAGUGCCUUGCCAAGUUGAAAGAUAAUUUUGUGAUGGACAGAGGAUCAUACUCGGACUUGUGGGCCAGCAGCACAUCUUUGGAAGGCUCCAGUCUCUCAUCACCUAGGCAAUAUCUGGAUGUUGGAUCCCAAACAGAUGUUUCUGGAAAUUUUAUUUUGAGCACUAAUAAUCAAUUGGCUGAGAAGGUGAGACUACGUCUCCAAUAUGAAGAUGCAAAGCGCAGAAUAGCAAACUUAAAGAUACAGUUGGCUAAACUGGAUAGUGAGGCCUGGCCUGGUGUGCUGGAUUCUGAACGGGACAGACUGAUGUUAAUCAAUGAGAAGGAGGAACUUCUAAAGGAAAUGAGAUUCAUAAGCCCUAGGAAAUGGACCCAAGGUGAAGUGGAAAGACUGGAAAUGGAAAAAAAGCGUCUAGAGGAAGAUCUUCAGACUGCAAGAGAUACACAGAGCAAAGCUUUAACCGAAAGGUUGAAGUUAAAUAGUAAGAGAAACCAAUUAGUUGGAGAACUAGAAGAAACAACACGAUUAAUGGCAAUGCUGCACAUCCAGUUGAAAAACCUGUCCUCAAGCAUGCUUUCCCUUUCAUCAGGCAGCAGCCCCGGCUCUCUGGCAUCUAGCAGGGGCUCUCUUGUUGCGUCCAGUCAGGAUUCUUCCACUUCAGCCAGUUUUACGGAUCUGUACUAUGAACAGUUCGGGCAGGUAGAUUCUGACUACCAGAAUAAAAUGGACCUCUUGCUCCUGGAGAGAGCUGCUGGAUUUCGGCCUUCAGGCUGCAUCACCACUAUCCAUGAGAACGAGGUGGUCAAAACACAAGAAACUGAUGCAAGUAACCGUUUGCAGGCUCUGAGGUCCUUGUCUGGGACGCCCAAAUCAUUGACGUCGCUGUCUCCCAGAUCAUCGCUUUCUUCUCCCUCACCACCUUGUUCUCCACUUGUGACAGACCCAUUCUUCACAGGAGAUACUUUCAUGAGCCAUAUGGACUUUGAAGAUACGGAAAUAAACAAUGGUCUGUCUGAACUUAGUCUAAUCACUGGGAAUGGCAAGAAGUACAGACUAGAAGAGUCUAGGACUCGGGGAAAACAUCUGGACCAAGGUGUAAAUAUAGUUGAAGGGGCUGCGCUGAAAGUAGCAUGUGUAUCAGCUGCAGUGUCCGAUGAGUCUGUUGCUGGAGACAGUGGAGUAUAUGAAGCAUCUGCACAAAGAACCUGUAUGUCAGAAACUGUUCUGUUUGAUAAUGAAGAUGCAGAAAUAGCUGGCACUGCUAAAGUUCAAAUUGCAAUGAAGUAUGAUGAAAAAAAUAAACAGUUCGCAAUAUUAGUUGCCCAUCUGAAUAAUGUAUCCGCUCUUCUGCCACAACGAGACCAGAAAGUGUGUAUUCGGGUGGCUGUUCUUCCUUGUUCUGAAAGCACAAGCUGUUUGUUUCGCACCAGACUCAUGGAGGCAUCAGAUAAUCUUGUAUACAAUGAAUUAUUUUGUGUUGCAAUCUCCUACUCCAUUCUACGACAGAAGACUCUAAGGGUUGAUGUCUGUGCUAUGGAUAACUGCCAUCUUGAAGAGUGCUUGGGUGGUGCACAAAUUAGCCUUGCUGAGACUUGCAGAUUGGGAGAGAAGUCAUCUCGUUGGUACAACCUCCUAAGCUAUAAAUAUCUGCAGAGGCAAAGCAGUAAAAAUAAGCAAGAGGAUCCCUGUUCUAAACUCUCCUGUCCUGAGAAAAUGCAGGAUUCUGUAUCUGUGCUGCUAGAACAGACUGCUGUUGAACUAGAAGCCGUAGAGAGAGCGCUAGAAGAAAGCAGAAGCACUUUACAUACUGGGGAGAAUUGGCAAGAUGAGGAAGAUGCUGAGCGAGAGCAAGAUGGUAAUAGUGAAAAUGAAGUGGAAGAAGAAGAGGAAGAAUUUUAUUGUGAUAAGACAGUAUGGGAAACAGAAGAGAUUCCAUCAGCCUUCUCACAGGCAGAGUUAGCAACUUUCAAGGUGGAUAAAGAGACCAACACAGAAAGUUUCACACAUUCUUCCAUUGUAGUUCGUCCAAAAGAUAAGAGACCAUCAAACCCACCACGAACUCCUUUUGUUAGAGGCAGUACAAUAAUACGUUCCAAAACCUUUUCCCCAGGACCACAGAGCCAGUAUGUGUGCCGGCUGAAUCGCAGUGAUAGUGAUAGUUCAACUCUGUCAAAGAAAUCACCCUUUGUCCGAAAUGCUGUGGAGAGGCGAAGUGUCAGAAUGAAAAGGUCUUCAGUGCAUAACAUCGGAGCUGAGCGUCUAAUCCGUACCUCUCUAGACCUGGAGCUGGAUUUGCAGGCUUCAAAGACCUGGCACAAUCAACUGGUACAAGAAAUCUCUGUUUUGAAGCAGCUGAAGGAGCAGUUAGAACAAGCUCAGAGUCAAGGGGAGAAGGAACUGCCUCAGUUUGUAAAGGAGGAUGAACGAUUUCAGAUUCUGCUGAAGCUAGUAGAGAAACGGGCUGAAAAAGAUGAGCGAAAGCGUGCUGAUAAAAUGAUGAGAGCAGCUGCUAAGGAUGUACACAGACUACGAGGGCAGAGUCGGAAAGAGCCCCUCGAGGUGCAGUCAUUCAGAGAAAAAAUGGCAUUUUUCACACGACCAAGGAUAAAUAUCCCAGCUCUUUCUGCAGAUGAUGUUUAAUCCCUAUUUAAGUAUUCCAUUCUCCGGCCACUUUGAAAAGUAUCAUUUGGUUUCACUGAAGUUUAUUUAUGUGGUAUUAUAAGGUACCAGGUCAUUUGUAUGUUGUUGGCUUUGUCAGCAUUCUGUUGAAAUUCUUACUUUUCUCCUUUCCAUCACAAAAGACAGCAUUAAAAUGAUGUGAUUAUAUAGUUUGUAUAUUUAGCAAUGUAUUUUGGGGAAAGAAUUUUUAAAUAUGAACAAAUACAGCUCAAAAUGUUUAAAUAAGAUUCCAUUUAGAUGUUUUGUACAGCACUAUUUUUUUAGGCAAGUUUUACCACAAUAAAAUUGCAUCUGGAGGAGCAUUAAUUCUAAAAAAAACUCAUCUCUUGUAACUAGCUUUUGCUAGUUUACAUAUUUUUAUAUACAAAAAAGAGGAUGCAAAAAGCCAUUACAAAGACUGACUACUCUGCAAGCUGUGAAACACUUCCAUUGCCUUCUAGGUCAUAAAAAUGGGUGUGGAGUUUACACUGCUUUCAGCACUUUAAUUUGGAGGUUAUUUCAGCUCUUUUUAUAUUGGAUCCAUAACAAGUUCCAAAAGCCCAAUGAAUCCUUUGCUACAGGGAGAAAGCUGCUGGGAACUUCCAUCAUAGACUUUCUAAUGGCUCAUUUUUUUUUGCUUUACAAAUACAUAUCCUGAUCAGCUAGCGGUGAAACUAAUUCCUUUUUUUAAAACACACCUAAGUUUAUUUUUUACAUUUUUGGGGAUUAUAUCAUGAUUUCUUUCUUUUCUCUCAGCCUUAUUUCUUUUCAUAAAACCCAUGAGCCUGUCUCAUAUGCUGUCUCGUAUGUUUUUUUUUUAUUAACAUUUUGUCUCAUAUGUUUUACCUUCGUUGAGUGUAAUUCAAAGGUUUACUUUUACCGUUUUUGAAAAACAAGAUUGUCUAGAAUUACUGUGUCUGUAUGCCAUAGUUUUCCAUACUGUUAGAAUUUGUAAAAAAAAAAUCCUUCUUGUGAAGUAUUUCACACUUUUGUGCGCACAUGAGUGUUUUCUUGCUUGCAUGUUCACAUUCCCACCCCUUCCCAUUUCUCUACACACAAACCCUAUUCAAGUGGUACCUUCUAGGAGAAGCACCCUUGUAUGAGGCUUGGGCAUGUACUUCUCUCCAUCACUGCAGAGAGAGAGAGUAACGAAUGAAUGAGACUGUACUGUACUUGGUACUUCUCAUUGAGAACCCAGUUUUAAAAUCUGUUUAUCAUGGAGAGUUCACAAUCAAAUAAAUACGAUUCAACUAAUGCAUUCUUUCUCCUCCUCUUCUCUCACUAUCUCUGUCAUCUUGUCUCUCACACUCACAUUUCCCUAACUAUUGCCAACAUAAGAACUUUGCUGAUAAUGGCUAGAGAACAAUGGGACAAAAAUACAACGGCCUUAAAGGUCUACAAACCAAGAUGCGCCUUCAUGAAUAAAGCUGACAAAACUGGAACUCUGUUGAGAUGUACAUAUUACUUUUUGAUGUAUAAAACACUUUAUUAGGCAAGCACUAAAUGAUGGAAUUUAUAUCUAUUUUAAAUUUUGUCAGGAUUAAAAUUGCUACAGAAAUUUA